AUGGACGUGGCUGGCUUUGAGGCGCGGGCAGCAGAGGCUGAGCAGAGGUUGAAGGCGCUGGAGGCGGCGGUGGCGGCGGGCGCGGGCGCAGGGCCGUCGUCGACGCUGGGUGUGGACUCGGGUGUGGUGGAGGAGCUCAACAAGGACAAUGCACGCCUGCGGUACCAGGUCAAGCACCUCAUCCGCUCGCUUGAGGCCGAAGAGCACGCCCGCGCUGAGGAGACCGGUGCCCUCCAGGCCGAGGUCGCUCGCCUCCAGUACCAGGUCAAGCACCUGGUCCGCUCGCUGGAGAACGAGGAGGCCAAGAACGCUGCCGAUGCCUGAAGGACGAUUGCCAUCCGUGGCUCCUGCCUGCGGCUGCCGCCUUGUUGCCGCGCCGUGGGCGCCAGAUCGACAGCGCUUGCGUCCAUGGCCGCCGCCAUGGAUCUGCCCGGGCCCAGGCAUGCCUUGGCCGGUAUGACCGUAGAUAAAACAUGUCCUUGGUCAC